AAACACGCGUCAUUUCCUGCCAAAGUAACGCGGGUUCUUGCUAACACGCAGAGAGUUUGAGAUGAGCAGAAUAAAUGUAUUAAUUCCUCAUUAAUAACGGAAUUACCUACAUAUUUCUUUGUUAUUGUUGUUGACGACCCGAGGGGGAAUCUUAGUGAAGAUGGGAGACGAUCCGGACUCGAUUCCAGAGAGAGAGAUGAAGGACUUCCAGUUCCGGCAGAUGAAGAAGAUCCGCGUGUUCGAGGCGAGUGCGGAUCUGCCGAAGCAGCGCUCCAGUCUUCUGUCCGUCUCCAAUAAAUACGGGCUGACGUUCGCUGGCCGGGACCGGGCGCUCAAGGUGUUCUGGACCAGAGACGUCAUCGCCGCGGGGCGCCAGGAGGGAAACCCCAACAACACCGUGGAGUGCCCGAGCGCCGCGACGGUGACCGUUGCCGUGGCGAUGCAUCACAUAGCCCUGAGCAGCGACGAGCUCACGCUGUGUGUGUGUGGAGCGAGCGGAGCCUCUGACCUCACGCUGGACUUCUACGACGUGCGCUCCUUCCUCAAAAAGGACCGACAGGAGAAGCGUCCCUUCACCUCCUUCAGGCCCCCGUCCUCUGGAGACUCGCUGGUCCAGGAUCUGAAGUGGAGUCCGGUGGACCCGACCCGUCUGGCCGUGUGUGUGUCGGACGGCAGCAUGAUGGUGCUGGACGUGCAGGACUCCGUCAGUGUGUUCGCUCAACUCCCUGCCUCCGUGGGAAUCACCUCCAUUUGCUGGAGUCCCAAAGGAAAGCAAGUGUCUGCUGGGAAACAGGACGCCACAGUGGUUCAGUUCACUCCUACCUUACAGGCCAAAAAGGUGAUCCCGUGUCCCAGCUUCUACAGCCAGGAUCAUCCCGUCAAAGUGCUGGAUGUGUUGUGGCUGAGCACGUUUACCUUCGCGGUGGCGUACGCGGCGGCUGACGGCUCUCUGGAGACGCCCCCUGAGCUCGUGGUGGUGUCGUUACCCAAAAAGGACGAGAAGAGAGGCGAGCGCUAUCUGAACUUCAACGAUCUGGUGUACGGCACGUGCACUGAGAGGCAACAUCACUACUACCUGUGCCACAUCGAGGACUGGGAUCUGGUGCUGGCCGCGUCCGCCGCUGCUAUUGAAGUUAGCAUCAUCGCCAAACAAGAGGACAAGGUGAACUGGGAGCUGUGGUUGCUGGAAGAUGCCAGUCGAGCGGAGCUUCCCGUCACCGAGAACAAUGAGGACACACUUCCUGUGGGCGUGGCCAUCGACUACACCAGCCAGGAGGACAUACAGCUGUCGGAUGAGAAGCGCCUGCCUCCGGCGCCGACGCUGAUGCUGCUGUCUACAGACGGACUUCUGUGUCCGUUCUCGUUACUGAACCUCAACGCCGGGGCCAAACAGCUGAGCGUUCCUGCGGCCCCACUGCCCGAGGACGGAGAGAGAGCGCCCGCCGCCCAGUCGACCUCCUCUGCUGCUCCCGUUUCUGCACCGUCCUCAAUCUUCCUAUCGUUCUCCGCACCUCCUGGCACAGCCCCGCCCCCAGCCUUCACAGCCCCGCCCGCAGCCACAUCAUCCUUCACAGCACCUCCCCCAGCAUUUACAGCCCCAGCCUCAUCAUCCUUCACAGCCCCGCCCCCAGCAGCCUCAUCAUCGUUCGGAGCUCCGCCCCCAGCCUCAUCAUCGUUCACAACCCCGCCCACAGCAGCCUCAUCUUUCGGAGCCCCACCUCCAGCAGCCUCAUCAUCUAUCGGAGCCCCGCCCCCAGCGUUCACAGCCCCGCCCCAAGCAGGCUCAUCAUCUUUUGGAGCCCCGCCCUCAUCAGGCUCAUCUUUCACAGCCCCGCCCCCCGCAGCCUCAUCAUCUUUCACAGCCCCGCCCUCAGCCUCCUCAGCUCCGCCCCCUUAUCCGUCCUCCUCAGGUUUCUCGUUCUCUCUUCCUCCUGUGGGAUCCGCCGCUCCCUCGAGCUUCUCUCUCGGCUCCGCCUCGACUGGCUUCUCCUUUACCGCUCCCAAACCCUCCUCUGACGCUUCUGCCUUCUCCUUCUCUUCCUCUGCUGCUCCUCAGCAUCCUCCUGCUGUUUCUCCCAUCAUCAGCGGCCCCAAAGCCCCGGCGGAGCCUGCAACGCCUGCCGUCAGGAUGAACCUCACCGACAGGUUUUCGGCGGUGGAAACCGUGACACCGGUCCCGACUCCUACCCAGCCGUUCUCUUUGACCUCGACUCCCAAACCGGCAGCCGCGGAGGUCAUCGGUCCGACGGGACCCCCGCCCAAACCAACCGUUCCUGCAGUGUCACGCAGCGCCGCUCUGCAUAAGCCCGCCUCAGUCGCCACCCCUGCGUCAGCACAGGUGGUGUCUGUGAAAGCCCAGGAGAGGACGCUUCAGCAGAAGGAGUCGGACCCCGUCAUGACAGGAAUUAUGGAGGAGAUCGCUCACUUCCAGAAGGAGCUGGACGAUCUGAAGACCCGCUGCAGGAAUGCUGAUUUCCGGGUGGGAAGCAAAGACGACAUGAGAGACCUGAGGAAAGACUCGGAGAACUUCCACGCCUUCACUCUGGAGAUCAAGGAAACCACGGAGUCUCUUCACGGGGACAUUAGCGCGCUAAAGACUAGCCUGCUGGAGGGUUUCGCUGGAGCCGAGGAGGCGCGAGCUCAAAGUGAACUCAACCGAGACAAAGACUAUCUCCAGCUCCUCUACAAGAAACCCCUGGACCCGCGGCGAGAUGAGCAGCUCAAGGAGAUCCGCCGCUUGUACCAGUACGUAAAGUUCGCCAUGGAGGACGUGAAUGGCGUUUUAGACGUGGAGUGGGAGAUGCACUUGGAGAAGAAGAAGAAGCAGAGGCACAUGAUCGUCCCCGAGAGAGAGGCUCUGUUUGCAGCGCUGGCCAAUAACCUGGACAUCAUCAACCAGCAGAAGACGGUUCUGGAGCGUCUGUCAGGUGACCUGCACAAGCUGAGACUCUACAGAGGAACGUCAGCGUGGAGCUUCGCCAGCCGAACGCCCUCCACACCCUCAGAACAGAGUCUGGACCGCGAGCUGGAGAGUUUGAAGGAAGCUCUUCUGAAGGCCAGUCUGGAGACGGCACCCAAAGCUCAAGACAAAUCCCCGUCUAAAAUGACCCCAGCCAAGCAGUCUCAGCUGAGGAACUUCCUGUCGAAGAGACAGACUCCACCGGUUCGAUCCACGGCUCCUGCCAACCUGUCGCGGUCCGCGUUCCUGUGUCCUCAGUUCUUCGAGGAUCUGGACGAGGUGAGCUCGAGCUCGUCUCUGUCUCAGGUUCCGGAGCCCGAGGACUCGCUGGCGCUGGCCGAGGACGGGGACGAGCCGGUUCUGAUGCCCAGCGUCCCGAGACACCCGACCGUGGUCCGAACGCCCUCCAUACAGCCGGGCUUCAGUGCCAGUCCCUUCAGCAGAGUCCCGAUCAUCAGCCCCGCCCCGAAGAUAAACUUGGACAGUGCCGAUAGCACGGCGCUAGCCACAAAAACAGUGAAGCACGGAGCCCCGCCCACAGAGAAGGCCACGCCCACCUCAGUCCCCGCCCCUCAGGCUGCUGGAAGAGCCGCCCUCAGUAGACACAUGACCAGCCAGAAACCCGGAGCGUGUCUGACCGAGUCCACGCUGAAGACGGUUCCUCAGGUGGUGAACGUUCAGGAGCUGAAGGAUAAAGGUCCACACACACCCGUGUCCACCGUCAUCAGUGCUUCUGUUCCAGCACCGGCGGCUCAGGUGGUUCAGCAGGUCCUGGCUACGGUGGAGGCCAAUAAAAGUUCCUUUCAAGCCGCGUUAAAUGUCCAGUCGCCGGCCCAGGUCACGUCCUCCAGCUUUGUGUUCGGCGGAGCAGCAAAACCCGAUGCAGGGGCGUCUUCAUCCGUCAGUGAGAAGAGCUCGAAGGCCUUCUCGUUUUCUGGAGCGUCAUCAGGGUUCAGUUUCGCAUCUCCAUCCCCCGACACCAACAGCACUCAAGCGAAGAGUUCUGGCCCGCCUGGCAAGUUCUCCUUCGCUAGCGGUGCCGGAUCAAAGAUGCCGUUUGGCCCCGGUGGAUCCGAGGAGCCUUUCUCCUUCACCCCGAAACUGGCUUCUCCCGCGCCGAGCGCGAGCUCCUCGACCCCGCCUCCAGAGACUCCUAAACCCCCUCCCGCUCCCAAAGCCCAAGGAGAAACUCUCGGCUGCUUCUCCGGCUUGCGCGUCGGCCAAAGCGAGGAGCUCAAGGAUGCCUCCAAACCCGCGCUCGGUUUCACCUUUGGAUCAGCCGGCAACGGAUCCGCAGGGUUCACGUUCGGUUCCCCGCAAAUCAAGCCCGCAGAAACUGGAAGUGCAACAGCCGAAGUAGAAAGCGCCACAACAGAAGCUGCGAAAACGAUUGCGCCACAAGCUCUCGCCACGCCCACACCCGCCGCUAAACCGCAAGAAGCAGCGGCUCCCGCAAUAAAACCAACUUUUACGAUUCCCUCGACGACUUUCUCAGCGGACGCCACAUCUUUCGGCAGUCUUCUCCGCGCACCUCUACAAGAGACAACUCUUCCGACAAACUCCCUCCCGACGACGGCGGCUACACCCGAGGUGGCUAAAGAAGAAGCUAAAGAACCGCCCAGUCCUAAACCGCUAGCUUUAAGCGCGCCAGUCGCAUCGGUCACUGAAGCCGCGGCUCCCAUCAUUACAGAAACCAUUACAGCAACUUCCAGCAAACCUCCGACUCCUCCAGCUCUGGACGUCCCGCCCGCACCGCCUCCAUCGGUUACUCCACCAUCCGACACGCCGACGGUUGUAUCCGAGCCUCCUUUAGCGGAACCGGUCGCUAAUCCCGCUGUUGAGACGAUUAGCAGCUCUUCCCAUGAGCCUCCAGCAACUUCAGCGUCUGACAAACCAGGCUCAAUCUUUGCCCCGCCGUCGGACGCGCAAACCGUCGGUUUCUCCCCAGUCGUCACUACUUCGGCUUCAUCCGCGCCAUCCACAGCCGUCACCACCAGCGCAGCUCCUACUUUCGGACAAUCACCCGCCGCUCCGAGUCCGAGCGCAGCGUUCGGAUCCACCGCGUUUGGCGCCACCUCGACCCCUGGCUUUGGCAAGCUUGCGUUCGGACAGAGUCCUGCUGGUUUCGGCCAGCCCGCCGCCUCCGGCUCUGCUAGCAGCUUCAGUUUUAGUGGGACGGCGUUUAGCGCUAGCCCUGGGUUUGGCACGCCGGCUACGACCUCCACCACCUCGACGGCCACCGGCGGAGGAGCAGGGAUGUUUGGAGCCGCUAGCGCUAACAGUGCUAGCUCCUUCUCCUUCGCAGGCGGCACCGGAACUGGACUCUUUUCCCAGAGCAGCGCUCCUGGUUUCGGGCAGCCCAGCGCAGGCUUCGGCCAGGGGUCCGUGUUCGGGAGCAACACCACCACCGCGUCCUCUGGGUUCGGUUUUGGGCAACCAUCAGGGUUCGGCAGCAGCACCUCCAGCUCGGCGGUGUUCGUACAGCAGCCCAGCGUCUUCGGACAGGCUCAGGCUCAGUCCGGCGCUGGUCUGUUCGGCUCGAGCGCGGGGAACACGUCCUCGGGGUCAGGGUUCUUCAGUGGUCUCGGAGGGAAACCCAGCGAAGACGCCGCCAACAAGAACCCGUUCGGAGCGCCGGCCGCGGGAGGAUUCGGCCAGCAGAUUAACACAGGUCCGGCUAACCUGUUUGGGAGCAGCGGAGCGAAGGCCUUCAGCUUCUCCAACAGCUCGUUCGGGGAACAGAAGCCCAGCGGGUCCUUCAGCGCCGGAGCCGGGUCUGUGUCGACUCAGGGCUUCGGCUCCUUCAGCACUCCCACCAAACCAGCUGGUUUCGGGAGCGCGCCGGUGUUCGGCAGUCCUCCUACGUUCGGUGGAUCUCCGGCGUUUGGGGCGUCGGCAGGCUUUGGCUCCGCCCCCUCCUUCAGCGCACCAAUGGGAUCCUCGGGAGGGAAGGUGUUCGGAGAGGGAACCACCGCCGCUAAUGUCGGGGGAUUCGGGUUCGCGUCUCCUCCUAAUGCGCCGUCGUUCGGCAGUCUAGCCAAUCCCAGCGCAGCGACUCCGUCGUUCGGGAGCCCGGCGGGAUUCGGCGCUCAGACCGGCGCGUUCCCCGGCUUCGGCUCGUCUGGAGGUUUUGGAGGCUUUGGGAACGCGAACACCAACCAACCGUCGGCUCAGACCUUCAACAGUUGGAGGAGUUGAUCCGCGGACUCUGACUUCCACCGACACGCUGAUGUCAUUUUAUAGUGUGUGUGUGUGUGUGUGUGUGUGUGUGUGUGUGUGUGUGUGUGAGUGAAUACGCCGUGAGGUUUGGUCAUCUUCACGUGUGUGUGUGUGUUCUGCUUUAAACUGCACUGUGAGAAAUAAACUCGAGCGCUGUGUACCGUA